GGGAGCCCUGGAUUGAAACUCGCAGCUGAAACUGCGCAUAGCUUAGAAGCAAGUUCAGACUAUGUUAUCAACCAGGAAUCGCCUUGAUUCAUCGUCUCGCUAAGGCAGGGGAGCUGGGAACACCCCCUGGAGCAGCUGAAAUGUUUCUGGCAGACACUUGAGGCAGAAUCCAAAGGAAGAGAGAUCAGAGAAAGAUUGGAGACCCCAACAGCCAUGGCCUCCUCCCUUUCAGGCUUGGACAUGCGAGAGGAAGCCACCUGCCCCAUCUGCCUGGAGUACCUGACUGACCCAGUGAGCGUAGACUGUGGGCACAACUUCUGCCGAGGCUGUGUCACCCAGUACUGUGUGGAAUGGGCGGGACGCGGAUCCCUGACGUGUCCCAUCUGCAGAUCCCAAAUUCUGAAAGGGAACCUCCGGCCCAACUGGCAGCUGGGAAACCUUGUCGAAAAAAUGAAACAUGUGGCUGUGUGCACGAGGCACAAAAAGACCCUGGAUCUGUUCUGUGAAGAGGACGAGGAAGCCGUGUGUGUGGUUUGUGAGAGAGCCUCCCAGCACAGAUCUCACACAGUGCUGCUCAUAGAGGAAGCUGCCCAGAAGUACAAGGAAAAAAUCCAGGCCCAUUUGAAGACUCUGAAGGAAGAGAGAGAAAAGCUGCUGGGAUUGAAAGCAACUGGAGAGGGGAAGAGCCAGGAGUAUCUGAAACAAACACAAACCGAGAGGCAGAAGAUUGUGUCUGAAUUUCAGCAACUGCGGCAGUUCCUGGAGGAACAAGAACGACUCCUGCUGGCCCAGCUGGAAAAACUGGACAAGGAGAUUUUGAGGAUACAGAAGGAAAAUGUCACCAAACUCUCUGGGCAGAUUUCCCAUCUCAGUGAGCUGAUCCAUGAGCUGGAGGGGAAAUGUCAGAAGCCAGCGAGUGAAUUCCUGCAGGAUGUCAGAAUCACCUUAAGCAGGUGCGGGAAGGGGAAGUUCCAGCAGCCGGUGGAAAUUUCCCUUGAACUGGAAGAGAGACUCAGUGUUCUGUCCCAUAAAAAUGUUGCUUUACUGGAGACUCUGAGGCAGUUUAAAGACACUCUGCCAUCGGAGCUGGAGAGAAAAGGAUGGAAAUGCUUAGGAUCACAGAGAGACGACACUCUGCCAUCUGAACUGGAGCCGGGAAGGGGAAAAUAUUUGGGAUCACACACCAACGUGCACAUGACUCUGGAUCCAGACACGGCUCAUCCCCAACUCAUCCUGUCUGAGGAUUGGAAAACCGUGAGAUAUGGACGCCUAUGGAACAAACUGCCCAACACGACCAAGAGAUUUGAUUAUGAGCGCUGCGUGCUGGGCAGUGAGGGAUUCACCAUGGGGAGACAUUGCUGGGAGGUGGAGGUGGGGGAGCGAGGGGGCUGGGCCGUGGGGGUGGCCAGAGAGUCUCUGGGGAGGAAGGGAGAGAUCAGCUUUAAGCCUAAGGGGGGGAUCUGGGCUGUGGAAUACUGGGAGGGUCAGUACUGGGCUCUCACUGACCCUCUGACUCCUCUGCCCCUGAGCUGGGUCCCCAGGAGGAUCUGGAUUUAUUUUGACUAUGAACAGGGGCAGGUGACAUUUUUUAAUGCCGAUAACGAAUCCCUGAUCUUCACUUUCCCACCAGCCUCUUUUGCUGGGGAGAGAAUCCGCCCUUUGUUUGUGGUCUGGGAAACUGAGUCCCAGCUCAGACUGUGUCCCUGAGACUUGGAGAAGGGGAAUAAAAAAAAAAA